UCCAAGGAGUGACCAGCAUAACGUGUUGCAGAACCACCGGUCAUUUGGUGAGGCCACAGGACAAAGUAAGGAGUGGGGAGAGGUGAGGUAGGAGGAGCAGGAUCCCCGAGGACCUUGUAGGCCUGGCAUGAGGACACUUUGAAGGGAUUUUAGCAAAGGAGCAGCAGGAUCAGAUUUGCAUUUUAGAAAGAUCUCUCAGGCUGCAGUGUGGAUAAUUGAUUGGAGCUGAGUGAGGAAGCAGACAGAGAGACUCAUUCAAGGCCACAGGGCAGCAGGGUGGCAAGAAGAGGGCACAGUCAAGAAAUAUUUAGGAUUCCAAAUCAGCCAGACUUGAUGCCUUUAUUGGUUGGGGGCAGAAGGGAGAGAAGGUUCAAGGAUGCUUCCCAGGUGCUACCAACUGAGCUGGAGAAAACAGGAAGAGUGCAUGGGGGGUCGGGGGGGCACAGAGAGAAAUGAGGAUCUCAUUUUGAGACAGGUUGCAUUUGAGGAGCCUGAAGACAACCAGGGCAUACCCACUGAGCAGGAAGUUAUGGCCAGGGGUGAGGUCAGGGCCCCCCCCCCCCCCAUGUGGUGAAGAGUGAAGACUUACUUCAACAGCUCCACAGAUUCUUCUUAGGGAGGAAAUCCCUUUGUUUGGGAAAAUAUCUCGAUAUGCUGCUGGGGUUAAAAGGGCAGAGCCUAAGGCCUGGGUGACCUCAGGGCUGGCAUUGUCACAAAAAUGGCUCGGCUGCCCUGUGUGAGACUUGAGAGGAAUUGUUCCGGCCCCUGAGAAGGAGGAGAGCAGGGUGUGGAGGGGAGAGGGUUGUGAGGGAGGGGGCAGGCAGGGGAGACAGGACGGGGCAAGGACAAGCCAGUGGAAAUUCCCAGCUCACAGGGGAAAUUCUCCACUGCGGUGUGUGUCAUCUGAUCAGCUGUGGAAUAAGCCCCUCCUCCCUCUGUCCCCCCUGCACCCACACAGACCCAGGUCCUUAGAAAAUUUGACUCUGUUCACAUCUGCUUUCUGUGAAUAGGGAUUUAGGUGGGAAUGGAGGAAAGAGCUUCAUUUCACAUCUGGGUUUAUGGGGCAUCGAAUAGUGUGAGCCCAUUUGGAGGCAGAGCCAGCAGGCAGAGGGGGCCAGGGGAACAGGAGCCUCUGGGAAUGCAUGGGACCCUCGGAAGCAGGCCUUGGACUUGGGGAUCUGAGGAGCUCACUGCAUCUAAGCUGGAAGCCGACGCCCACCACUACGCCUGCACCUGCUACGCUCAGGCUGGGCCUCUGCCUGCAGCAACGUUAGGGCUGUCGGGCUUGGGAACCAGCUUGGGUUCCAGCUCAGCGCCCAGGGGCUGCCCCCUGUCCCAGCUGUGCUCCGGGCGGAGCAAGCAGGGGAGCACCAGCCCUCAUACAGGCCUCACGCCUCCCACCCCCCCAGACGCACACAAGCCUGUCAGCCUGCUCCCGCCAGUCUGACCAGCAGGCCCCUGGGUCAGCAGCGAAGGAGAGGAGCAGGCCAGAGACAAGAGACCCCCGGAGACAGCCGAGAUCAGAGGUCCCAGGAGAAGUAAAGGCAGCUGCCAAGGCAGCCAGGCCCGGACCCAGGGUAGCCCGGUGGGUGACGCUGGGCGAGGAUGCUGUGGAGAGCUGCCAGCAGGGCGCUGUUUGCCGAGGUCCUGGCCACAGGGCUGUACGUGUUCUUCGGCGUGGGCUCAGCCCUGCCCUGGCCCUCGGCGCUUCCCACCGUGCUGCAGAUCGCCAUCACCUUCAACCUGGCCACGGCGGUCGCUGUGCAGAUCACCUGGAAGACCAGCAGGGGCCACAUCAACCCCGCCGUGACUCUGGCCUUCCUCGUGGGCUCCCAAAUCUCCCUGCCCCGUGCUGUGGCCUAUGUGGCUGCCCAGCUGGCCAGGGCCACUGUGGCGGCUGCUCUGCUUUAUGGGGUCGUCCCAGGAGACAUCCGAGAGACCCUCGGGGUUAACAUGGUCCGGAGCAGCGUCUCGACGGGCCAGGCUGUGGCAGUGGAGUUGGUUCUGACCCUGCGGCUGGUACUCUGUUUUGUUUCCACUGACAGCCGCCAGGCAUCGGGCUCCCCAGCCACCAUGAUGGGGAUCUCUCUGGCACUGGGCCACCUCAUUGGGGUAAGAGGCCAAGGGGACACCGUGUCUACUUUCACUGGCUGCUCCAUGAACCCGGCCCGCUCCUUCGGCCCUGCCAAUGUUGGGAAGUUCGAGGUCCACUGGAUCUUCUGGGUAGGACCCCUGACAGGAGCUGUCCUGGCUUCGCUCAUCUACAACUUUAUCCUGUUCCCUGACACCAAGACCAUGGCCCAGCGACUGGCCAUCCUCAUGGGUACAGAAGAAAUGGAGAAAGUGGCAGAAAAGGAGCCCAAGAAGAGAGAAUCCCAGUCCAGUUCAGGGGAUACUGAAACAGGGAACGUGUGUCAGAUGGUAUAGAACUUGGCCCUCACCUUUGGGCUUCUGAGAGGAGCCCUCUAGCCCCAUUCAUGGGAACAAUCCUGACGGGGGGGAAGUCCCUAUCCCAGCCUCCUGUCCCUGACCUGGGCCACAAGCUGUCUCCAGCCUCAUUCUCAAUUCUGCCAGGAUCCUCAAAAAAGCUACUGAAUGAGUCCCAAGGAUGGUAAGAACUCAGGAAUGACCCAAGAAACCAAGAUUUGCAGUUCAGUGCCUCUGAAGGACUACUAAUCUCAGUUGGUUUGUUAAUAUUUACAAGCUGCUGUAAAUAUACUCUCCCCAUGACUUGGGGCCCUAUCUGGAUCUCAGCUUCCCCAGCUAUAAAAUGGGCACAGUCCUCCCCCAGGGCCUGCUGUGAAAACAAACCAGAGACUGGAAAAUGUUUUCGGAAGUUAAAAUGCUAGAAAAACCCAAUAAAUGAUGAUUAUUGUC